UCCCCGGAGAAGCCGCCCCUUUGAGCUGUAAGGGGGCGGGGCUCUGGCUGUGCCUCAGAGUUGGCGGCUUGCUCUGUCGGCGUGCAGCCGGGCUGUGAAAGACAGCGGCAGGAGCCAAUCAGCGAAUCGGCCCCCGCCCCGCUCAGGCACUCGCGCCAUCCCGGUCGCGGCCGUUACUGGUGGCGCGCGCGGGGACUCAAAGUAGAUCAUGGAAGACACCCAGGUUAUUAACUGGGAAGUUGAAGAAGAGGAGGAGGUUGAAGAGAGACCCAGUGAAUCUUUGGGGUGUAGCUCGGAGCCCCUUGGGCGACUGCGUAUCUUCAGUAGUUCCUAUGGACCAGAAAAAGAUUUCCCAUUAUACCUCGGGAAGAAUGUGGUAGGCCGAAUGCCUGAUUGCUCUGUGGCCCUGCCCUAUUCAUCUAUCUCCAAACAACAUGCGGUGAUUGAAAUCUUGGCCUGGGACAAGGCGCCUGUCCUCCGGGAUUGUGGGAGCCUCAAUGGUACUCAAAUCCUGAGGCCUCCUAAGGUCCUGGGCCCUGGGGUGAGUCAUCGUUUGAGGGACCGGGAGUUGAUUCUCUUUGCUGACUUGCCCUGCCAGUACCAUCGCUUGGAUGUCCCCCUGCCCUUUGUCUCCCGGGGCCCUCUAACUGUAGAGGAGACACCCAGGGUACAGGGAGGAACUCAACCCCACAGGCUUCUGUUGGCUGAGGACUCAGAGGAAGAAGUAGAUUCUCUUUCUGAAAAGUGUGUGGUGAAAGGACCAAGGACUUCCUUUUUGGCAACAGUAGUUCCAGAGAGCGAUGAGGAGGGACCUUCGUCUGCCCUGGAUGGCCCUGGGCCACCUUUUGCCUUCAACUUGAACAGUGACACAGAUGAGGAAGAAAGUCAGCAACCAGGAGCAGGGGAGGCCUCCUCAGCUGCCAGAAGAGUCACCGCUGCAGAGACAGAACAGCCUAAACCUGUCACAACUGAAAUCCAGCUUGAAAAGGAUCAGUGUUCAGUGAAGGAGAAGAACAAUGACACGAAAGUUGAGAGGAAUGCGAGGAGUGGGGUGGUUCCAGUUGGAGUGAUUCUGGAGAGGAGCCAGCCUGCUGGGGAGGACAGUGACACAGACGUGGAUGAUGAGAGCGGGCCUCUGAGAAGGCUCACUGGGGUCCAUCUGGAAAGGGCCCAGCCUUGUGGCUUCAUAGACAGUGAUACUGAUGUGGAAGAAGAGGGGAUCCCUGCGACCCCAGCAGUAGUUCCUGUGAGGAAGAGGCACAUCUUCCAUGAAGUUGGUACAGAGAGUCCUCGGGCACCUGGCGUGGCACAUCGGCAGGAGAGCCCGGCUGGUAGUGAUACAGAUAUAGAGGAGAGGGAGGCCCCCCUGACCGUCCCUCUGGACAGAAGCCGAGCCUCCGUCGUGAUCGAUAGCAAUACAGAUGACAAGGAAGAAGUCUCAGCAGCGCUCACGCUGGCACAUCUAAGAGAGAGCCGGGCCGUUGCGUGGAACAGAGAUCCAGAUGCAGAAGAGGAUAGGGCCCAACCGGUGGCCCUUCUGGAGCAAAGCCAAGCCUCUGCUGGGAGAGACAGUGACACAGACGUGAAGGAAAAGGGGCUCCCAGUGGAGAAGACAGGAACUGUUCCCAGGGGUCACACGGGCAAGCCAUAUUCAGAAAAGAGUCAACUUCCUCUCAGGGACAGUGAUACAGAGGUGAUGGAAGAGAAGAGCUCACCGGGGUUCCACCUGCAGAGAAGCCAAGCCUCUGCCACAGUGCAUGUCAACACACAAGUGGUGGAGGAAGUCCCACCAGGGCCAGCUGUUAUACUUCUGGAGAAGCAUCAAGUACCUGUAGCAUGGACACAUCAAACAGAUGUGGAAGCUGAAGGAGGCCCAGCAAAGCUGCCUGUGGUGUAUCUAGAAGAAGCCCAGCCUCCUCUAGCUGGGGACUGUGGCCCAGAUGCGGAGGAGAACACAUCCUUAGCAGCCUCAGCAGUGGCAGAUGUAAGAAAGAGCCAGCUUCAUGCAGAAGAAGAUACUGGGACAGAGUGGGCUGCAGCCGUUCUUGAACAGGGCAGAGCUUUUAUGGCUGGGGCCCAGGGUGGGUCACCCGCGGCCCAAGUGGAGCAGGACCUUCUCCCUGUCUCAAGGAAUAACAUAGCACAUCUGGUGGUGGACACAGGCACUCCAGGGGAACCCACCCAGCCACAGAGAGAGGGGGCCCAGACCCCCACAGAAAGGGAGAGAGAACCACAUGUGGAUAGGACCAUGGACUCUGGAGACAACCACGAUGAUUCUGAAGAUCUGGACCUACAAGCUACCCAGUGCUUUGUGGAGAGAGAGAAUCAGAGCCUGGAAGUCCCCAGCAUGGAGGAUGAACCCACCCAGGCCUUCCUGUUUACUCUGCCCCAAGAGCCUGGCCCUUCCCGUUGCAGCUUCCAGGCCACAGGUUCCCUGGAUGAGCCAUGGGAGGUCUUGGCUACACAGCCAUUCUGUCCGAGAGAGUCUGAAGCCUCUGAGACCCAGCCCAUUGCCACCCACAUUGAAGCCCAUGGACCUUGCCCCUCUCCACCUACGGCAGCACCACAAGAGCAACAUCCAGAGAGUCCAGUUCAUGCAGAGCCACUGGGGAUUCAAGGCAGAGGGGUGCAGACUGUGGAGGAAGACAUGGGUACACCAAGAGAAACAGCAGAGAGGGUGACCCCUGAGAGAGGGCCAUUGGAGAAGGAAACUGAGAAACUGCCCUCGGAAGGAGAGAGGGAAGGUGUGAUGGGAGAGGAAGAAUCAACCAGGGGGAUACAGGACAGAGAACAAAAACAGGUGUUAGCUAGAGAUACUCAGAAACAAGAGUCUGACAAAAAAGUAAAAAGUGCAAGUACUGAAAGGGAUAUGGAGAGUUUGAAGGUAGAAAUUGAGACACCCAAGGAAAUACAAGAGAAAGAGAGAGAAAAGCAGACUCUUACAAGAGAAAUAUUUGACAGAGAAGCAGAGAAACCAGUAGCAGAGAGAGAGUGUGAGGCAGGUGGGUUAGAAGGGAAGGUACCCAAAGUGAUGCUGGACAGAGGCCCACAGACAGGGGAGACAGAGGCGGGGGGCCAGGACCAGAAAGGCCAGGCCUCAGGUUCGACACCAGAGCCUGGAGCGGGGGCGGGAGACCUUCAGGGACUUGCUUCAGAUCCCAUAGCUUCUGGGAGCCAGUCAGGUGGAGGAAGGGGUGCCCCAGUGAGCCCCAGGAGGCAGCAGAGAGGCUACUUGAAUUGUAAGAUGCCACCUGCUGAGAAGGCUUCCAGGGGUGAUCAGGAAUCCCCAGCUGCUUGUCGGCCUCCGGCAGUGCAGGAAGCUUCCACGCCACUCCAGAACCCCCUCAUCUCUCAGAGCCCCAAACAUCCUGCCCCUCAGUCCCUCCUUUCGCCCUCUCCACCUCCUUCAGAACCGCCCAUUCCCAGGACCAGACAAAAUGAGAGUCAGGAAGCUCUGGAGACUCCCUUUUCCUCAGAGCUGGAAGCUCUCCACCCAAAACCCAAAGUCAAGCCCCAAGGGUCCUCUCCAGUUUCUUCUGUACCCCUUGAGCCCCACCCUACCACCUCCACAGACCAGCCUGUCACCCCCAAGCCCACAUCUCGGGCCACUCGGGGCAGGACACUUAGGUCCUCUGUCAAAACCCCUGAACGAAAUGUCCCCACAGCCCCUGAGCUCCAGCAUUCUGCCCACACAGACCAGCCUGUCACCCCCAAACCCACAUCUCGGGCCACUCGGGGCAGGGCACUCAGGUCCUCUGUCAAAACCCCUGAACGAAAUGUCCCCACAGCCCCUGAGCUCCAGCAUUCUGCCCACACAGACCAGCCUGUCACCCCCAAACCCACAUCUCGGGCCACUCGGGGCAGGGCACUCAGGUCCUCUGUCAAAACCCCUGAACGAAAUGUCCCCACAGCCCCUGAGCUCCAGCAUUCUGCCCACACAGACCAGCCUGUCACCCCCAAACCCACAUCUCGGGCCACUCGGGGCAGGACACAGAGGGCUUCUGUCAAGACUCCCGAACCAGUUAUCUCCACAGCCCCUGAGCCCCAGCCUUCCACUUCCACAGACCAGCCUGUCACCCCCAAACCCACAUCUCGGGCCACUCGGGGCAGGACACUUAGGUCCUCUGUCAAAACCCCUGAACGAAAUGUCUCCACAGCCCCUGAGCUGCAGCCUUCUGCCCACACAGACCAGCCUGUCACCCCCAAACCCACAUCUCAGGCCCCUCGGGGCAGGACACUUAGGUCUUCUGCUAAGACCCCUGAACCAGUUGUCCCCAUAACUCCUGAGCCCCAGCCUUCCACCUCUAAAGACCAGUCUCUCACCCCUGAGCCCACAUCUCAGGCCACUCGGGGCAGGACACAUAGGUCCUCUGUCAAGACAUCCCAGCCAACUGAACCCACAGCUCCUGACCUUGAACCUUCGUCCCCCACAGACCAGCCUGUCACCCCCAAAGUCAUAGCUCAGGGUGGUCAGAGCAGGACACUAAGGUCUUCUACAGUAAGUGCUGUGCCAGUUCCUAACACCCCUGAAUUCCACUCUCCAGUCCCCACAGAACAGCCUAUUCCCCCUGAGCCCAUCCCUGAAGCCAAUUGCAGCAGGAGGCCAAGGGCCACUAGGAAACAUGGGUCUCUCACAGCUCACGUUCAUGAACCCUACUCUGCGCCCUCCGAACCUAACUCCCGGUCCUCAAGGAAGCAGAGACGAGGGGCGGUGAGAGCAGCCGAGUCCCUUAGCACCAUUCCUGAGCCUGCCUUUGCCCAGCUUCCCGAGGCACCCACUCAUGCUCCCCAGAUCCCAAAGGGGGAGGCAGCAGAUAGAUCUGGCUUCACCCCAGAGCCCCAGCCUGAGGCCUCUCAAAAUCACAAGAGGCCUUUAGCUACUGUGGACUCACCUCCACUUCAAAAACGGCUCCAAAGAGGAGAAGUUCCCCAGAAGACAGCAUUCCUUAAGGAAGAAGAAGAAAAUCCUGCAGCGAAGCUGAGGAAGGAAGAGGAUGUAGUGAUUCAAGGAUCAGGCAAGAGAAAGAGAGAGCAGACAGAGGAGGAGCCCCGGGAAAUACCGAGCCGCAGCCUGCGACGGACCAAACCUAUCCAAGAGUCCACGGCCCCCAAAGUGCUCUUCACAGGCGUGGUAGAUGCUCAUGGAGAGCGGGCAGUGCUGGCCCUGGGGGGCAGUCUGGCCAGCUCAGUGGCUGAGGCUUCCCACCUGGUGACGGAUCGGAUCCGCCGAACAGUCAAGUUCCUGUGUGCCCUGGGGCGGGGCAUCCCCAUCCUCUCCCUGGACUGGCUGCACCAGUCCCACAAGGCAGGUUGCUUCUUGCCCCCGGCUGAAUAUGUGGUGACUGAUCCUGAGCAGGAGAAGAACUUUGGCUUCAGCCUUCGGGAGGCCCUGAGCCGGGCUCGGGAGCGAAGGCUGCUGGAGGGCUAUGAGAUUCACGUGACCCCAGGAGUCCAGCCACCACCACCUCAGAUGGGAGAGAUCAUCAGCUGCUGUGGAGGCACCGUCCUACCCAGCAUGCCCCGGUCCUAUAAGCCUCAGAGAGUUGUGAUCACAUGUUCCCAGGACUUCCCUCGAUGUGCCAUUCCAUUUCGGGUUGGGCUGCCCAUCCUCUCACCUGAGUUCCUGCUCACAGGAGUACUAAAGCAGGAAGCCAAGCCAGAGGCCUUUGUCCUCUCCACUUUGGAAAUGUCAUCCACCUGAAAACCCCACCCCAGUAUGCUUUUCCUCCCAGACCAAUAUAUAAAGUGUUAGAAAUAUUUGGAAGAAAGAACUUAGGGCUUUAGAAAGGAUUGGGGUGUACUGAUCUGAUUUGUCUUGGAACAUGGGUGGGGCCGAAAAGUCUUGUUGGUAAACAAAGACAGGGAGAUUGGGAGCCACAGAUUUUCUUAAAUGGCCAUUUAAAGUUGGCCAAUCCCAUGCUCAGAUAUCUUAAGUUGCUGCUCAUAUUUAGCUGGACUGAUGUGCUUAUUGCUCUAUGGCACGCACAGUGUCCUGCCUCCUGUUUGGAAACCAUUUGUUUCUUUUCUUCUUUUCUUACUGGGAUGCUUACUCAUCCUGCAAAAGAUAGUGGAAACAAUUUUAGUGUCCUGAACUUGAAAGAAUGCUUGGAGUGAGUAAAUUUGAGGGUGGAGUUAUGGAAUGCUACUAAAAUAUUUUCCUCUCUCCUUGCCCUAUCUUGUUAGAAGCAUCCUUUAGCUUUGACGUUGAGCAAAUCUCUGCCCUUUUUUUUUUUUUCUGGCCUGCUUUUCCAGUAUUUAUAAAGUUAGCUUAGGCUUAACCUCUGUGAUAAAUAAAUAUUCA